GUGUGUAGCAAGCCUACGUCACUGUCGUGUCGACAUUAUGGAUGAUAUUGAAUAUCUCUAUCGCAGCAUUAGACAGCCCGCGCGCCUGGUGAUCCCCGGGAUUAAACAGGGGCGGAAAGGGUUUGCCUAGGCAGCCGUACACCUCUGCGAUAGAAAUAGCAAUAGAAAUAAUCACUAAUAUACAAAUACCAUCUCUAGAAUAAACAGGUUCAGCAGAAACCAUGUCUGUCGCAGGAUUUAAGAAGCAAUUCCACAAAGCCACUCAGAAAGUGAGUGAGAAGGUGGGUGGAGCUGAGGGAACAAAGCUGGAUGAGGAGUUCAUAGACAUGGAAAAGAAAGUAGACACCACCAGCAGGGCAAUCUUAGACAUUAUGACCAAGACAACAGAGUACCUGCAGCCUAAUCCAGCGACCCGGGCGAAGAUGAGCAUGAUGAACUCCAUGUCGAAGAUCCGGGGGCAGGACAAGGGCCCGGGGUACACGCAGGCCGAGACCCUGCUGGGGGAGACCAUGCAGAAAUACGGCCGGGAGCUGGGAGAGGAGUCCAAUUUCGGCAUUGCUCUGAUCGACGCCGGGGAGGCCAUGCGUGAGCUCGGAGAGGUGAAGGACGCUCUGGACAUGGAGGUGAAGCAGAACUUCAUAGAUCCGCUUCAGAUCCUGCACGACAAAGACCUCAAGGAGAUCCAGCACCACCUGAAAAAACUGGAGGGGCGGCGCUUGGAUUUCGACUACAAGAAGAAGAGGCAGGGCAAGGUGCAGGACGACGAGAUCAAGCAAGCCCUGGACAAGUUUGACGAUUCCAAGGAGGUCGCGGAACUGAGCAUGUUCAACCUCCUGGAGAGUGAUCAGAUCGAGCAGGUGUGCCAGCUGGCCGCCCUGGCCAAGGCACAGCUGGAGUACCACAGGCAGGCGACGGACAUCAUGCAGCAGCUCUCCAGCAAAAUGGAGGAGAGGAUAAGGGAGGCCUCCAACAAGCCCAGGAAGGAGUUCGCUCCGAAGCCCCGUAUGUCUCUGGACUUCACCCCCACCGAGAACCACAACGGGGGCGUGGCGCACACAGCCGCCGCCAGGAGGUCUCCAGCCCCGAUGGACCAGCCCUGUUGCCGGGCCCUGUACGACUUCGAUCCCGAGAACGAGGGAGAGCUGGGCUUCAAGGAGGGCGACGUCAUCACCCUGACCAAUAAGAUCGACGAAAACUGGUACGAGGGCAUGCUUCACGGCCAAUCGGGCUUCUUCCCCGUCAACUACGUGGAUAUCCUGGUGGCGCUGCCUCACUAGACUCUCCCGGCCACUGCUUCCACUGCUUCUAUUGGUCUGCCCGUAGCCAUGACGACGACCAUGGAUAACAAACGGCCACAGCAUGACAGACUGCCUACCACCACCAAUCAGAAUAUAAUAAACAUAAAACUGCUAAAAAAAGAUGCUAAUGGAAAAAAAAAAAGAUGUUUUAUCUUCUUGCGUAAGAAGGUGAGAAAACUUGUGCGGUUUUUCCCCUGCUUCUCCCUGCUCUGAGUGUUAAAUUGCUUGUGUCUUCAGUUAUAAAUGCAGGUGAACUUCGUAAACCUUUCUGUAUGCUCAAAACAAUUCCACUGUGUUGUUUUAUCCUUAUAUCUUGCGUUUUUUUUUUUGGGCUUUAGACCACGGUUAAUGUAAUCACAGGAUUAUCCUUUUCUUAGAAAAUACACGAGGCAUGACCAAAAUUGGUAGUUUAAAGCAAAUAAAACUUGUACGCUAUCCUGAGUUUAAAAGAAUAACAUAAAAAAUAAAUAAAAAACACUAAAACUUUUGAAAAAUGAAAAAGUACGACACCUAAAGCAAAAUUGCUUGCCUCCAUAAGAUUUGAAGGUGGAAGUACCCAUCAUUGCUCUUUGUUAAUUAUCCUCACAAUGUUUUAUUUACUUUUUAAAUGACAUCACAUUGACAUUAAAAUGGCACUGUGCCAGCACUGCAAUACAUAAAAGCAUAAAUAUGGGACUGGGUCUGUUGUGAGGACAGCCAUUCUGUCCCCUACUCUGGCUAUAUGACUACAUAGUGAGAUUGACAUGUGUCAGGACAAAUCAAUGCAGUACAGAUUUCAUGGCAAUACAUAAUCAUAUGUGUCUGUAUUGCGUACAUACAUGUAUGGGCCGGUCAGUGAUAAAUGAUAAUGAAUAUUAAUAUUUAAGCGAAGGAAACAGACGUAAAAUAUAUUACUGUUUAAGUCAUACUGAAUGAAAGCAUUACUGUGACAAAAACUAUUUACUGUCUUUGAACAUGCGGUGGAAAUAUUUGUGAAACUGAUCUGUGUACUGUGCUAUAAUAAUACAAAUGUGUUUUUAUUGAAGUGGCUGUAAUCGCUGCAGUUAAGGAUGCAAUGGUUUUGUUGCACUAGAUUAUUUGUUGAGAUAUCUCUUCAAUCCAAUCAUAUUUCUCAAUAGAAUAGCUGCCUACACUGUAGAAUGGGACUAGAGAUAGCUAACGAUGGACAAAAAAUUACGGAAUGAAAAUAGGUCUACACUUAUAUUUUUCUUCGCAGAUUACGACCCUGGGAAACUCCAGACCUCAAAAUGUACCCUUAAACUUCUAAUCAUCCAGUGACUUUUUUUGCAUUACAUAAUUCAUGCAAAAAAGGCCCAUGCAUUACUAAUAUUUUUACGGUAAUAUUUGUGAACUUUUUUGUUUAACAAAUAGAUACUGUUGAGACCACCAGAGUAUUUCUUGUAUCACGGCUGCUCAGUCCUGUUCCUGGAGAUCUGCCAUCCUGUAGGUCUUCAUUUCAACCCUAAUUUGGCACACCUGACUCUACUAAUUAGCAGCACGACGAGAACUCAAUCUGUUGAAUGAGGUGUCCUUUGUUCGAAAUGUAGUUAAAACCUACAGGACCGUAGAUCUCCAGGAACAGGGUUGGGCAGCCCCAUCUUAUGUGAUCGCUUUCAAAUCAAAGGGAUAGCCCAAUCUCUUUGUUAUAAUGACAAACUUUGCAAUACAGUGCCACCAUUGUAGAAAGACAGUUAAAGAGGGCUCUGGUGUGUGAUGUUUAUUUAAAUUGCUAUCUGUUUAAUCAGGCAAAACACAGCAGACUGAGCUGUUUACAAUGGCUGGCCACCCUGUAAACUACAUACAUCACUGACCACGUUUACAGGCCACACCCUUGAACAUAUUAUUGCCAGUUGUAAUCACUGACCUUGUCAUUGACUAGGCCACUGACAAUGUAACUGACCACAUUACUGCCUGUGUCACUGACAUUGUUACUAAUUAGGGCACCGCCCACUAAAGAGGAGGGGCCUUUAUCCAGAACACAGCAUGGCAGGGUCAUACUUUUAACUUAUUAAUGUAGCAUUCUGAAUAGCCAGUUUUCUCAUUAUCGUUGUUAAUUUAUCUGUUUAGACGUCACUUUGGAACAGGACCAGUGGAUCAAAAUGACACUGUUAAAUUUUUUUUUUU